AGGGCGAGGACAGGACGAGGACAGGGUGACGUCAGGACGAGGACAGGGUGACGUCAGGGUGAGGACAGGGUGACGUCAGGGCGAGGACAGGACGAGGACAGGGUGACGUCAGGGCGAGGACAGGGUGACGUCAGGGCGAGGACAGGACGAGGACAGGGUGACGUCAGGGUGAGGACAGGGUGACGUCAGGGCGAGGACAGGACGAGGACAGGGUGACGUCAGGACGAGGACAGGGCGAGGACAGGGUGACGUCAGGGCGAGGACAGGACGAGGACAGGGUGACGACAGGACGAGGACAGGGUGACGUCAGGACGAGGACAGGGUGACGUCAGGGCGAGGACAGGGCGACGUCAGGGCGAGGACAGGGCGAGGACAGGACGAGGACAGGGUGACGUCAGGGCGAGUACAGGGUGACGUCAGGACGAGGACAGGGUGACGUCAGGACGAGGACAGGGCGAGGACAGGACGAGGACAGGGUGACGUCAGGGCGAGUACAGGGUGACGUCAGGACGAGGACAGGGUGACGUCAGGACGAGGACAGGGCGAGGACAGGACGAGGACAGGGUUUUACUUUUCAUAUCAAUUAAUCUGUAGCUGUACUUCCGACUGUGCGGGAAAUCAGCGGAACUGGCAACCUUAGCGUCCCGUGUGCACACUUUGCACACGACCCUGAAGGAAGCAGCGACCUGAGUCGGACCACGAGGUAUCCACCAGACUCCACUUGAGAAGCGGUUGGUAAGGUGAACAAAAUGGACGAGUGGAAUGAACAGGAAACCACUCCUAGUACCACUGCAGGAGCAAGUCACUCCUCGAGUGAAGGCACACAAGGAGGCUCCUGGAACAGUGGUGGUUUUGGAGGGGGUCGCGGAGGAAGAGGCAGGGGAGGAGGAUUUAAAAGCUCAUUCUCCUCAGGAGGUGACGAGACUGGGAAUGACGGACACGACUGGAACAGCACGGGAGGAGAAAGAGGUGGUUUCAGAGGCAGCGGGCGCAGCAGAGGAUUCGGCAGAAUGGAUCGCAGUAAUGGAGAUGACGAAGGAGUUCAUGAAAAUGGCUUCAGGGGAGGAAGAGGCUCCGCAGGAGGUUUCAGACGAGGUGGCGACAAUAGUGGAAGAGGAAGCUUUGGAGGAGGCUACCGUGGGAAAGAUGAGGAGAGCUUUGCUCAUGGAGAAGCUAAAGAUCCAGAGAAGGAGGAAACGGAUGGCGAACGACCAAGGGUCACAUACGUUCCCCCAACUCUACCUGAAGACGAAGCCUCCAUUUUUGCCCACUAUGAGAGAGGCAUCAACUUUGACAAGUAUGAUGACAUAAUGGUGGACGUCAGUGGAAGCAACCCACCGCAGGCUAUCAUGACCUUUGAUGAGGCAGCAUUGUGCGAGUCCCUGAGAAAAAACAUCAACAAGUCUGGUUACGUGAAGCCGACGCCUGUGCAGAAGCACGGCAUCCCCAUCAUCUCGGCCGCCAGAGAUCUCAUGGCCUGUGCCCAGACUGGAUCCGGUAAAACGGCUGCAUUCCUGCUGCCUAUUCUGCAGAAGCUGAUGGCAGACGGUGUGGCAGCCAGCUCCUUUAGUGAGCAGCAGGAGCCUGAAGCCAUCAUUGUGGCCCCGACCAGGGAGCUCAUCAACCAGAUCUACCUGGAGGCCAGGAAGUUUGCCUUUGGGACAUGUGUGCGUCCUGUCGUGGUCUAUGGUGGAGUCAGCACUGGACACCAGAUAAGAGACAUCUUCAGGGGAUGCAAUGUGCUGUGUGGAACUCCAGGGAGACUGCUGGAUGUGAUCGGAAGAGGAAAGGUCGGCUUGACUAAGCUGCGCUACUUGGUGCUGGAUGAGGCUGACCGCAUGUUGGAUAUGGGUUUUGAGCCCGACAUGCGCCGCCUGGUGGCCUCCCCGGGAAUGCCAUCCAAAGAGAACCGUCAGACUCUGAUGUUCAGUGCCACCUACCCUGAGGACAUCCAGAGGAUGGCGGCUGACUUCCUCAAGACUGACUAUCUGUUCCUGGCUGUGGGCGUGGUGGGCGGGGCCUGCAGCGACGUGGAGCAGACCUUCAUCCAAGUCACCAAGUUCUCAAAGAGGGAGCAGCUCCUCGACAUUCUCAAGACCACAGGAACGGAGCGCACCAUGGUCUUCGUGGAGACCAAGAGACAAGCGGAUUUUAUUGCCACUUACUUGUGCCAGGAGAAGGUUCUGACGACCAGCAUUCACGGUGACCGGGAGCAGCGGGAGCGAGAGCAGGCUCUGGCAGAUUUCCGCUUUGGUAAAUGUCCGGUCCUGGUGGCCACCUCCGUCGCUGCCCGGGGCCUGGACAUCCCAGAUGUUCAGCAUGUGGUGAACUUUGACCUCCCCAACAACAUCGAUGAAUACGUGCACCGCAUUGGGAGAACUGGCCGCUGUGGCAACACUGGGAAGGCGGUGUCUUUCUACGACCCCGACGCCGAUUGCCAGCUGGCCCGCUCCCUGGUCACGGUCCUGUCCAAGGCCCAGCAGGAAGUGCCCUCGUGGUUAGAGGAGUCUGCGUUCAGCAGCGCUGGAGCCGUAGGCUUCAACCCCCCCAGGAAGGGCUUUGCCUCCACCGACUCCAGGAGGGGAGGGUCUUUCCAGGAUCAGGAUAUGAGGAGACAGCCGGCUGCUCAGACUGCAGAAGAAGAAGAAUGGGAAUAGAGGAGAUGUUCCAGCAGCACCCAUCAACGCAUUGACCACUUAUUUUUCUUUUCCGUUCUGCUUUUUGUAGUUUUAAGUACAACAUUUAAAAAAAUGUCUAGUGAGAUGCUAAUCGUGAAACCAAGUGUAUGACGUCUCUUGACUGGCAUAUUGCUUGUCUGACUUUAUGUCCUGUUACUAUAUAUUUUGUUCCUUACUUGGAUUGAUUCACUAAUAAAUAUGUUUGUUCAAAGCAAAGCCUACUUUGUGUUACAUUGAAGGCCGUUCAUUAAAUGUUAAUGAGUACUCCAGAGGGUCAGUUUGGAGUACGUACAACAAUAAGCUC